GGGGGCGUCUUGUUGGUUUCGUUUCCCAGUUGAGCACUUUCGACUAUCGUCUUUUGUCACCAUUACCCCGGCAUUCACGAUCAUGCCGUCGUUGAAGAAGACCACGUUCGGCGCCCGGACGUUUUUCGCUUCGUGUCAUGCGAGGGACACCUGUGGCAUGAACGGCUUACCGCUCACUCCCAACUCGAUCAGAGUGCUCGGACUUUUUCAGCGUCUCAAAUGCCUGUCUCACAAGAACCUCUGCGCAUACCUCGAUGCAUUCCGCAGCAAACACGAGAGACUCGUGGUCGUCAUUGAGCACUUCAGAAAGUCCUUGCAAGACGAAAUUCCAAACAAGUUGCCAGUGGACACCAUCAGCAGAAUAUGCCGAGAAGUUCUGGAGGCACUGGACUACCUGCACUCAAGAGGCAUCACGCACCGGGCUCUGUCGCCGUGCUCCGUCCUGCUCGAUGACAAGCUACAAGUCAAGCUCGCCAACUACGGACUGUGCCACAUGACUGAAAAUGGCCGAACUGUGCCUUUUCCGCUGGGGACACCUAAAUACCUCGCUCCUGAAGUCUUGGCUCAAGAGAGGCCGUCGGGACCGAAAGCCGACAUUUGGUCGCUGGGUGUCGUCACCUUGGAGUUGGCACUGGGCAAAGAGGUAUGGAAAGGAGCAAGCCUUGAGCAGAUUUUCACACAGCUGCUGACCUGCAUCAAAGAAGAUGGAGACAUAGUGCUUCUUGUGGCAGAAUCUGACCCACUCAGCAGCAAACUCGAGGAGCUGGACCCUCUUCUCAAGUCCUUCAUCUCAUCGUGUUUGAAACUGCUGCCCAGAGAAAGGCCAUCGGCCCAAGAUCUGCUACAGCACCCAUUCAUUGCGCUCGCCCCAGAAGAGCCUGUGCCUUUGGAGCCUCUACGCUGCGCGUCAUUGGCUCCUCUGAAAUACACGCCUGGCUUCGGAAGUCCCUUGGAGGAGCGCCCUCUUCAAGAGUUGUACUCUUUGUGGUGCCUAGCUGGUGGUGACGCUGAAGCAGAGCUUGGCAGGCAAGGUUGCCUGCGUGCCAAGGCGCCCAUUUGUACAUUGCCAUGCAUUGUACUUCUAGAGGGAGAAGAGCUUGGGCAGAAGAAGGACACAGUUUUCUUCUAUGACGACACAGUUGUGCUUCUACCCACAGAGCAGCUUUGCCAGAGGCUGAGAGGGAUGGAUCCAAAUCUCUACUACCCUCUGAUUGAAGAAAGAGAGGAUGUACCUUCCAGUCCCAGCUUCAGUAGUGACACGGCUGCAUUGCCGGUUGUCAUUCGUGAAAAGGACAUUGAAUACCAGCUUCAGCGAAUCAUCCUUUACAAUCGGCUCCUGGAGGCAUACCCUUAUCAGAAGCAGCGGAUCAUCCAGGAAGCCAAGCUGGAUAUCCCACCGCUGUGCAGGGCCCACAUCUGGUCGGCGUUGCUCGAUGUACAGGGUGACCUAAUACGAGAGUAUGAAGCCAUCGACAAAGAAACGCCCACCCCAACUGACAGACAGAUAGAAGUGGACAUUCCUAGAUGCCAUCAGUACGACGAGCUCUUGUCAUCGCCUACUGCUCAUGCCAAGUUCAAGCGCCUUCUGAAAGCUUGGGUUGUGAGCCAUCCUCAGUAUGUUUACUGGCAGGGCUUGGACUCCUUGUGCGCACCCUUUCUACACCUGCACUUCAAUGACGAAGCUUCUGCGUAUGCAUGCUUGUCCACAUUCAUCUCGAGAUACCUCUAUGACUUCUUCCUUCAGGACAACUCCCAAGUUAUCAAAGAGUACCUGGCUGUAUUCUCUCAUUUGGUUGCCUUUCAUGACCCGGAGCUGACCAACCAUUUGGACAGUAUUGGAUUUCUCCCAGAGCUCUACUCCAUCCCGUGGUUUUUGACAAUGUACACACAUGUGUUUCCCUUGCACAAGAUAUUUCACUUGUGGGACACACUGCUGCUUGGCCGAGACAGCUUCCCCCUCUGUGUUGGUGUGGCCAUUCUGCAGCAGCUUCGUGCAGAUCUGCUCUCAUUUGGCUUCAACGAGUGUAUCUUGCUCUUCUCAGACAUGCCUGAGAUAGAUAUACAGCGGUGUGUCCAGGAUUCCAUUCGUAUCUUCUGCACUACACCACAGAGCUCCACAUUCAGAGCUCACGCAAGUCCUGGCAGCCAGCCCCAAGAUCCACUCGGCAUGAGCCCGGUGCCCUUGGAGGAGCUGAAGGCGGAGCUCUGCCCACGAAUUUCCCCUCGGGAUCUGCUAGCUCUGCUUCACAGCUCUCAAAUGCCUCUUCUGGUCAUCGAUGUGCGUCCCUCCGAGGAGUAUCAGCGUGGCACCAUUCCAGGUGCCUUGAAUGUGGUCCCAGCCAGCAGCAGCAGCCGCACAGCAGCAGGGGUGGUCGUGGUGGCAGGCAGCCAGAAAGAACACGCUGCAGCUGUGAGUGCGGCCAAUGGACUGGUGCGCAGCGGUCAGCCCCGGGUGUGCCUCCUGCACGGCGGCAUCGAGGCCCUGCGCACUGUGCUCGAGCUGCCAAUAAACAGCGUUCACUCGUACACCACCUCCUCGUUGGGGUUGAACGUGUCGAUGUACAUGUUCUCCUUUUUGUGCAUGCGGCGCACGUGCGAGCGGAGGUUGUCCCUGCGGGCCGACCGGUAGCUGCAGUGCGGGCACAGGUGCGGCUUCUCGCCCGUGUGCAUGCGCCGGUGCUGGAUUAUCUUUUUCAGCUGGAUGCUGGCAAAACCACACACGUCGCACACAAAGUUCUCUCCACUGCGGUGCUUUUUCAUGUGCUUCUGCAUGUCGGCCUCGGUGGAGCGGUCCUUGCCACAG